ACCAGGCGAUCGCACAGUAGGCGACGGUUCGCUCAGUGAUUGUUCGAUAUUGUUGCCUGGCGGACGCAAGCCAACAGCCAAACCACAGCCACGACCAGAGAACCAGCGCGUGAAGGAAUAAGAUGAUCGCGAGUUUCGAAGGCGGAAGAAAACGAAGCAGUGAACUGUGAUCAAACGAACGAGAAAGAGAGAGAGCGAAACGAAGAAAAGCUAAAUUUCCCUGCUCGUUCUUGUUUGGAAAAAGAUCAUACUCGCUAUCGAUUAGCCGAGAGGAAGUGAAGGGUGGCCCAGUGGCAACAUUGCGAAUUUUUUGUGACGAAGUUAAUGCGGAGAAAAAAAAUACACUGAACUAAAAUCUGGUGAAUUUUCCCGUUUCAAUGCAAGUCAAAAAAACAACAACAAUAGCUAGUGAAAAAGGUGUGUGUAUGUGUAUAUUUUCAGCAGAACAAGUGUAUAAACAACAGAGGAAACAGAUCCAACCAGUUCAAAGAUUGUGCUUCCUAGUGUUAUAAGUUAGCUUAUGAAAUAAGUUCCAAAACAGUGAACAAGUCCAGUGCACACAUUUUUUACCGUUCGAACGACCAAAGCGCGGAUAUAUUUUUGGCACCCUUGGAAUCAAUAACCACAACAACGAAUACACUGCCGACAAGCAGCAGUUGAGAAGCAGCCAGCAGAAGUGUGAGCAAAAAAAUAAACCAAAAUGAUCCGCGUAGACGAAACUGAUCCCCUUGGAGAUGUGCCACCAGCGUUUCCCUACCGGGAGGUACAAAUAGAACGAGGCGUCGAUGCCAAACAGUUGUUCGAACUCAGCACAGAAAUUGGAAGAGGCAAAUUCGGGGUGGUGCACAUCUGCAAGGAGAAAUCCACCGGCACUCGGCUGGCCGCGAAAUUCAUUCAGAUCGUGAAGAAAGGCGACCGGCGGAACAUCGAACGGGAGGUGCACAUGAUGAACGUUCUGCACCACUCCAAGAUCGCCCAGCUGUACGCGGCGUACGAGUACGAUCGAACCUUCUGCAUGGUGAUGGAAUUGGUUGAAGGUGGCGAGCUGUUCGAUCGUGUACUGGACGAGAAGUUUAUCCUCACGGAAAAGGCUUGUGCGAUCUUUAUGCGACAGAUUUGCGAUGCAAUUGCGUACAUUCACGGAAACAACGUAGUCCAUCUGGAUCUUAAACCGGAGAAUAUUCUCUGCCUCACGGAGAGUGGGAACCGAAUAAAGAUUAUCGACUUCGGACUGGCUCGGGAGUAUGAUCCGGACAACAAACUGCAGGUGCUGUUCGGUACGCCUGAGUUUGUCGCUCCGGAAGUGGUCAACUUCGAGGCGAUUUCCUUCGCGACCGAUAUGUGGAGUGUGGGUGUUAUUGCAUAUGUGCUAGUCUCCGGUCUUUCUCCCUUCGCUGGCGAGGAUGACAUUCAAACAAUGGGAAAUAUCACGAUAGGACGCUACGAUUUCCUGGACGAAGCGUUCGACACCGUGUCAGAGGAAGCGAUAGAUUUUAUUAACCGAUGUUUGGUCAAGGAGCAAAAAGAGCGACUCACUGCAGAGGAAGCCCUCAAGCACAAGUGGAUCAAGCGGAAACCACAGUAUUACCCAACGAACCGAAGACCCUCGAUCACCUUCAAACCAAUACUAUUAGAAAAUAAUAACAACACGGUCGAUGCCGAAAUCGACAAGGAAAAUCUCAAAGAGCUGGUCUCCAAGUGGAACGAAAGUCCCAACAAUCGGUAUGCCUUCGAACAGGCCACAGAGAGCGUCAUCUCACCCAGUGGUGAAUCGCUACAGAUCCGACGUUUGAGCGCGGACGCGAAUGGACGCAGAGGUAGCCUCGCUAGAGGCGACGAAGACCCACUGCUACUGUCCCCAUCGUCAUCAACAUCCUGCUGUUCGUCUUCGUCACCACUCCCAUCGGAAUUGAGCGCUACUAACCUGCCAACCAGUGACAGUUAUAUCGCUCCUCCACCAACCUCCGCAUUACGCCCCGCACUAGCGCCAUUAGAGAUAGUUUCUAACACGAUAGAUCACGGCAGUGGCCCAUGCAGUAGCGAAAUUAGCAAUAAUAACAGUAGUUUAAAUCGAACGCCAUCCGCAACUUAUCCCCCCCACGGGAUGUCAUCAUCUGACCAUUCUCGUCCAUCUUCCCCAGAUCAUUCGCAACCGCAUCAAACACAAGAGACGAUCACCGGUGGCCAACCGGUGGAUGCGGUGAGGCCGACACUUGCGAAGGUAUGUGAUGAGUUACGAAUGCUUUCCGACUUACUUAAAAUGUCUACCACUAUCCGAAACAAGGAGGAACCUUGGUCUGAAUCCCACCAACCUCUGUCACCACAAACUACACCACAACAGCCAGAUAGCACACUGAACACUGGAUCCCCCGUGACCCCACUAAGUCCCACUCUCAGCACAGCCGAUCUGGACUCGGAUCUCGAGAGUCUCAAGUCUAAGAUCAAGAUUAAAACAUCCAAGGCACAGAUUAAGCUGAACGAAUUAGCCCAAAAGCCGGAUUUUCUCUCGAACGACACCAUCAAGCCACAAACGUUCAAAUUCUUGCCCAAGUCGAUCAGUUUGUGUAGUGAUGAUUCGGUAUUCAAGGAGAAUUACACCAAAUUCUGUGAUCGUAAUGCUGCUCCGAAAGUACCCGAAAUUCGAGAGUCGUCCAAUGAGGCGUCCCAAGAGGUAACCACGACAACGACUAAGACGACCACGCAGGAUGCUCCCGAGGGCACCAAGGUGAUCGUAACGAAAACCACCAGGAGCAGUAAAACGUCAGCUGAUGGAACGAAAACCGUCACCGUUCGAAAAACAAUAGUAAAACAGAAGAAGAUCAUCGAAGAAGAUUCCGAAAAGAGCAAACUCAAGCCUCCGAUGAUCAAUAGCAAUGUAUCACAAGAGGCAGCUACCGUGAAGCGUACAAAAUUCCGGGUCAACCAAAUGAGCAGCCGCGAUGUGCCUGUUGCGAUGAACAGCGUCGCCAAGCGAUACCUCGAGCUCAAUCGGUUAAUUUCCACGGAGUCUUCCACGCUUCCCACCGAUGAUUUGCUGAUGAAAAAACUCCACAAACAUCACAUCAGCAGUCACUUCCAGCAGCAAACUUCGUCGGCGGAAACUGAAGCGAUGAACAAUCUCAAAAAUAACACGAUGAAAUACCGAAGUCUGUCGGUGGACUGGGACGCCAUGGAUGCGGUUGAGAAUCGGUCGAUGAAAUCGAUCAACUCCUUCCUGAAGCGCACAACGACAACGACUGCAAGCUCCGCGGUCAAACAAAUACAGGCCCAAAUCGAGGCAAGCAUCCACAAAUGAACGCUCUCGUAAAAUGGCAAAAAAAAACCGAGUAGUUGCCCCCGUUGUUUUUAAAAUACGCUUAUAUUCCAUUACUCGCUGUAAAUUACCCAUUUCGUUUUCCCGUAUUAAUCUAGUGUCGAAACAUGUGCUCAAAUUACCAAAUCAUCGAUGCAGGAAGGCACCUUGAAUGUGUGAAACCCAUUUUUAUCACCUUAUCAUUGAGCUCAUUCUCCCGCACAGUCACUCACUCUUUCUGUAUAUCUCUAUCUAAUCCAUUGGUCAUUUGCUGAAAGAAGGAUAAAGCUUAUUUAUUUGUGGGAACAUGCUAAAGUAUGAAUAAUUUACAUUAAAUGAAGCAUACUCAUUUUAGCUUAGGAAAUUAUUUAAAUGUUAUACCAUUUUUUUCCUCAAGGAAAGGAUAAACAAUAUAGAUUUAGGAGUCAUGUUAAUGCUGAACGAAAAAGGGAAAAGUUUAUAAAAAUGUAGCUGAAAUGUAUAUACUCAGAGUAACAUUAAAACUUUGAAGAGA